CGAGGGGAUAGCUGUCGCGGUCGACCUCAUCCUGGAGCUCCAUAUGGACUCCACUCGAUCAUACACAUGCUCUCCUACCACGUUACACUUCUCUCUACCCAGUCAUUGAGCAAUUUAAUACCACAAUGUCGUACCAAAACCUCACAAUAGACCGCCACUCCUCCAUCUUCGUAAUCACACUUCGAAAGGCGCCCGAAAACCGCAUAAACGUCGCCUUCGCCCAAGAAAUCAUCCGCGCCCUGCGCGACAUAGAAGCACAACUCGGUCCCGACGCCGACGGCUGCGUGAUAACACGCGGCAGCGAUGCGAAAUUCUGGUGUACUGGACUAGAUCUAGAUGAGUCCGACACAAACCCCCACGCCAACACCGACGGCUUCUACCCCCUCCUCGCCACCCUCCUCGACUACCCCUUCCCCACCAUCGCGCUGCUAACCGGCCACACCUUCGGCGGUGCCUGCCCCCUCGCCCUCGCCCACGACUACCGCAUCAUGAACGCCCAGCGCGGCUUCCUCUCCAUGCCGCCCGUCAACCUCGGGCUGUGGUUCCCCGGCAUCGGCGCGCUGCCGCGCUUGAAACUGCGCCCGCAGAUCGCGCGCAAGAUGCUGCUGGAGGCGCAUAGGUGGACGGGGAAGGAGGCGCUGGCGGAUGGGAUUGUGGAUGAGCUGGCGGAGGGGGGCGUGGAGGGGAUGUUGGAGGUUGCGUUGGCAAAGGGGCGGGUGGUGGCGCCGCGGGCGCGGAUGGGGGUGUAUGCGCGGUUGAGGGGGGAGUUGUGGGGGGAGGCGGGGGAGGCGUUGAGGCGGAUUAGUUAUGUGCAUGGGAGGGCGGUGGGGACGGUGGCGAAGGCGAAGAUAUAAAGAAUAGGGGGGUUAGGCAGGGGCUUGAAGAUGCUGAUGGGCUUGGAAAAUGGGCACGUGAUGGCAGCACUCAUCUGCUGCGUUUAGCUGUGAAGACUUGCGGCUAGUGUUUGGUUGGUAAAAGGUUGCUUGGCUCUACGAGAAGCGUGGUUGAGCAACUGAUAGAUCCUGAAUACCCUCCGGAGACUCCAUUACGCCUACGUCUCUCCUAGACUAGCAGCCCAUUCAUCAACCGUCGUCACCUGCGAAAAGACGGGCCAGGUUAGAUUCGUCGCCGCGUCCUUCUGCUCUGUGGUAAACGCCGCAGCGGCAUCGGUACUAUCCCCCGGAUGAGCAGCCGUCAAUACAUGG